AUGUAAUUAUUUGUUUACAUCGGUACAAAAGUCGGCCAUAUUUGUUGUUAACUGUAAGCUGGAAAGCAGUCUUGUGUUUAUCAUUGACAUUAUCGCACGAAAAUGAAGUGGGAGUACAAAGAAGAACAUCCGUUUGAGAAAAGAAGGGCAGAGGGAGAGAAAAUCAGAAAGAAGUAUCCCGAUCGUGUUCCCGUCAUUGUUGAAAAAGCACCCAAGGCAAGAGUUGGUGAUUUAGAUAAAAAGAAAUAUCUGGUACCCUCAGAUUUGACUGUUGGACAGUUUUAUUUCCUUAUUAGAAAGCGGAUACACCUGAGGCCAGAAGAUGCUCUUUUCUUCUUCGUAAACAAUGUGAUUCCUCCAACAAGUGCAACAAUGGGGUCAUUGUACCAGGAGCACCACGAGGAGGAUUUUUUCCUGUACAUUGCCUACAGUGAUGAGAGUGUGUAUGGCCAAUGAGACUCCUGCCUAUUUCUGACAGUGAUUGAAGUGUGUUUGGCUGGUGUUAUUAGCAUCACAAUCAGCAUGGAAAAACAACACUUGGGAACGUUUCAUUGCUUUUACUUAUGAACUGGUGAUCUUAAUUUUGCAUGUACAUGUUAUUGUACUCAAAAAAAGGCAACGUUAUGUACAGUUGUAAAAGAGAGUGCGAAAAUGUGAUUUAAUCUCUUUCUCUCUGCUGGACAGGGCCAGAUUUGAUUUGAAAUUCUGCAUUUUUCGUUGUUUUUUUUUGUUUUUUAAGAGAGUUAUAUUUUAACCUAGUAAUUGUAAAGCUUCACUAAUUUGAUAUCCCGGUAAAGUUUUUAAACACCUCUAUAAUCUACAUUCAUUAAUUUAUUGAUUUAAUGAGAAAACAAAUUUAAAUAAUUUCCCUGUUUUUCUGCUUUCAUUUGUAGAAAUACUGCGUCAGGUAGAAAAUUUUGGAUCAUUAUCCAAAAUAAACAUAUCAAUUUCAAAAUUUUGACCAAAGAUGAAGAAACUCUAUUUUCUUUAUAUUAAAAACAAACAUCAAUCAUUGGAAUUAGAUACAAAUAUUUGAUGGCCAUUGUUUGUCUUGUGAUCUCGUAUGACAAGUAUGGACAAUGCGGUGAGAAAGAAUUGAUGGAAGUCAAAGUUCAUAAGGUCAAAGCUAGGCGCUGUUGCCUGGUUUGGGGUAAUGAACUUGACAUUGGUUACAAACAGCAAAGUUAGGGAAUACUGUAUGUUUUAAUACCACAAUUAUUAUUUUAUUUCAUGUUGUAUACAUUUUUAUGUUGUUUUAACCCAUAUGUUUGUGAAAUAUAUCUACAGAAAAUGUUAUUAUAUUGUGUUAAUUCUGUAUAAAUCUCUUCAAGCUUUUCCUCUGAACGUACAAACGGACAAUACUGUAGUCCUUGGAAGUGACAAGUCGCAUUAUCCUUGAGCUCCUUUGAAAUAAACAGAAGUAAUUCUAACCUUGAUGCAAAUUCCUCUAUUGCAGUACGAUGUAUUUGACUUUUCAAUGAGAUGUACAUGUGGUUAAAUAUCGCAAGUCUUGCUAUGUCAGGUAUGCUUUAUCUGUUUAAAGCUGAUUGUUGUCACUUUAUCCCAAUUGUACGUCUUUCAAAAUAUUUAUGUUCAUACAUAAUCAAUUAUACUAAACAGUUGAUUUUAUGUUUUGUUAAAUUAACCUUCACUAAUAGUUUCACGAUCCAGGUCAAUUCUCCCCAAAUUGGAGUUGUUAAAAAUAACUAUUUGGAUACAAAAUAUGAUCGUUGUGACUAAAUUGAGUCUCCAUAUACUAAUGUCAUUAUUGCAUGCCAGUAAUUUAUUCAAAAUUUUACAGAGAAAUGAUGAAUAAAAAAUGAUCAAUAGAUACAGCAGAUGAUUAUUGAACUAUGUGUAAUAUUAGUUUUGUAGUUAAAUUUACUGAGGUAGAAAAUCAGUUAGUAUUCAUUUAGAAUUUUGGGAAGGAAAACUACAGCUUGUCAUAUGUAAAAUAAUUAUAAUUGUUCAAUAGAGUCUUACUUUACUGAACACGUGUAAAUAUUUCAAAUUAAUUUUGAAUCUGGUGAACUGUUCAUGUAUGGGUUUCUGCAGUUCAUUUUGUGGUCUCCCAAUUAAAACAUUAUUCACAUUUUAACAUGCUGAAGUGGUUGUUCAUCCAUCAGCAUCAUCUUGAGGAAUUGUAACCAAAUUGUCACCAAAUUUUAUUAGUUAUCUAUAAUUUGUGUGGUCAUAUGGUUGCUUGGAAACAGGAUCAAUGUCUACUGAAGACGAUUGGUCGGUGUUUGCGAGUCCAUGGUGAUGAUAAUUAUGUAUUAGUUAUUUUGUGUAUAUUACUUGUAGUGACAGACGUUUUGACCUAGCUGAUGGAUUUUUUGUUCUGGUAUAUACUGCGUCUCUGUUAUAUAUUUGGUUUCAUCCCGAACAUGUUUUAUUAAAUUGAUAAUAAAGGAAAAAAGAUUGUUAAUUGUGA